UAGGGGCAACAAGGGAAAGGUUCUGACUGGUGUCGUACAAGUCGCGGGUCGUUCUUUUCGUCGCGACGAUAGAUUGGAUUUUUUACAAGCACUGCUCCAGGAGGGCACAUGUAACCGACAAACGGAGGCCUCAGGAGAGCACCUGUUAUAAUAAAGUAGGCGGCGCAGGAUCUCCAGGGAUAGUGGCCGGGGGGCCACCCAAGAGAUAGUGGGAGGCCAACCCGAACUGGUCCGUGAGUUGGCGCUCGCCGAGGCCUGCGCGUGCCUGGGGUGCAUAAGAUCGGCUGCCCGCUGUCGCGGACAGCCAAUCUUUUAGGCGAACACCCCCUGGCACGCUUCGGCCUCCGCGGCUCCAACCCACAGGCCGCUCUGCUUCCCGCUUUGGUGUACCCGUUGCCGCUUUGGUGUCCUGGAGGCGCCACCAUAAUGCGAAAUAAUGACGCGUUGCCACAAUUAGUAAAAAAAAAAAAAAAACACGAUUGGAUAAAUAUAAUUACGUCCAGCCGCCAACUUGUGACGCUAAGUUCAGCAGUACCGCGCCCGGCGACUUGUGCAACACCGUGCCGUCAGAACUUUGUCUCUGAAGGUACGUCAGACAGACUUUCUGGCGCCUGCGGCGCUGCUACUGAGUCAGUCAUCGUCAGCGGCGGCCUUUUAGCCACUUGCGUUCAACCGCGAUUGCUAAGGCGCUCUGCAUUCUAGGUUUUCAAUCCAUGCGGCCCGGGCUCUACUACGGUCGCUACGGUUCCCACAGAAACAUCGGUAGGUACAUCGCCGUAAGGCGCGAGAAAGCUAUGAUCCGCCACGACUGACUCAGCACGAGCGCAGCAGGUGCGAGACAGUCUGUCCGACACAGCGGUCGCCAAAUCGGGCGUCAGUGGCCGCUGCUUCAGCUAUUUCACCGCGCCGGCAGCCAGCGUCGGAGCGUAAACAAACUCAACCCCAUUCCGCAAUACCGGGAUGCCUAGGGACAAAUGCCUACAACACGCGCUAAGAAACCUCCUCCGUAGUACCUAGGCAGAGUCAUAUUCAAGGAGCAAAAACCCCCAGAUUUUCUCUCUCGCGCCGGUUCUCACUCGCGCCUGCGCACAAACGGAUGGCGAUCCCUCAAAUGAACGUCUCGUGAGUCGUCGCACUCGCAGCGUUUUAGCGGCAUGUUUGAGGUGCACUGCGCGCUUUGUUGUCGUACUUGUGUUUUUCUGCUGCGUGAACGUUUUAGUCCAGCUUUGUUGGUCUUUCCAUCCUGCAUACAUCAUCUGACCGCAUCAGCAACUCUAGAGCUUGUGCUUCCAACAGCGCGCCAAAGUACCUUCCUGCUCCUCUUCUGUGAAGCCUUGCGCUCAAACGAGUCGCUGACAUGCCUGCGGCUGAGCCAGUGCGACCUGCGCACCAGGAUCACGGCCUGUGCCAUCUUCGUCAUCUGCCGUCUGCUGGCAACCCAGCUUUGUGAGCUGACGCUGGAUUCCCUACAGCUCAUUGGCGACGUGUGGUCAUCGCUGGAGAUCCUCAGGGAUGGACUGGCCGCGACUCGGACGCUCAAGAUGCUCAAGGUCGUUGACGUCCACAUCACUGGAACGGGAGAAGGUGCAGCAGGGGGCUCGGCCAGCAUCGCCGCAGUAAUCCUGGAGGGUCUGGCCGCCAACACGAGCGUGUGCAGCCUUGCCAUAGACAGCUGGUUCACUGUGCACGACAAUGAGGAAACGUUCAAGCAGCUGCUGGCUGAUUCCACGUCCCUGUGCGAGCUCAGCGUGCUGUGUGCUAGGCGCAUCCAUGACGCAAGCUCAGUCUUCCAGGCGAUGGCCGGCAACUCCAGCAUCACUGAACUUGUCCUUGAAGGCUUCCGCAUGAGCCAGCCUGAUGGAGAGUCCCUUGUCAAGUUGCUUGCUAGGAAUAAGACCUUGAAAGGGGUCUGCUUCACUGACUGCACGUGGGACGUCUGGGAACGUAAUGAGCAGGGAGAAAAGGUGCGCAUGUCGUGGCAUGUGGAUGCCCUGGUCGACGCUCUCAAACGCACCAGGUCACUGCGUUGCUUGGACGUCGACUGCAACCUGACACUGCGCGAGGUCCGCCUGCUGCUAGAAGCAGCUGGCGACUGCGCGUCACUCAAGGAGCUGCACAUUGCUUCGCUGCGCCUCACCAACCUGGAGCCGUACUGCCAGGCUCUUGAAGAGACGGGCAUGUCCCACAAGGUGAAGGUCAGGAGCUGCACUUCGUCGGCCCAGUACCUAGCGCCAAUGGUGAUCGGUGCAGGAAAGGCACCUCCAGCUGUCGGACAGCUUCGGCUCAACUGCGUGGACAACAAAUCCCUGCACGACGCGUGCUGGGCCCUGGCCAACGACUCGAGCCAGCACGUCACCUCUCUGCAGCUGCACAACACGACGCUGUGCGUGGAACCCGAGGCGGCGCAAGAGCUGGGCUCCUACCUGGCCUCGACCAAGUGCCUGCAAGAGCUGGACCUGAAGCUCCCCAAGUUGUCUCACUGGUCACACAUGGUUGCUGCUGGCCUUGCUCAGAACAACAGCAUCCGGAAACUGAAGCUCAAAGGCAUAUUCACAAGUGCAGAUGUGGAGACACUGUGCGAUUGGCUGGCCGAAAGCCAAAUUGUGCACAGCCUGGAGUUCUGGUCCACCAGUGCGAUUGCUGGACUGCUGGUGGACACACUGGCCGACUCACUGGACGAGAGCUACACGCUGACCUGGUUCAAAGUCGUCGAAUGCGGGAAGAACAAGUCAUCGUGGCAACGAGUUAGGAGUCUGGUACAGCGCAACGCAGGUCUGGUGCAGUGUGCGGCCGGAUUUGCCCUCGGCUCAGAGUUGACGCGUGCCGCGCUAGGCUAUGAACUGGUUGCACCGUGGCACCCGCAGCUUCUUGGAGCAGUGCAGCGCAUGGGGUCUCUGACUCGAAUUGACGCAGAGAAGCGUAUCAAGAGUGCUGCCAGGCGCAUUCAUGCCAAGUUCUGGCAGCUUGCUGGCAUCGUGUGCGAGGAACUAGUCUGCCACGAGUUGCCACCCGACCUGACUGGCUUGACGCGGUGCCGGCUGCAGCUCGACCAACUCAACAGCCGAGUCUUGGAGCACAUCUGCUCCUACCUCAAGGUCAGCGACGUGCUGGUGACCAAAGAUGUCGACAAGACAAGAGCAGAUGAUGGCUUCACGAAGAAAGAGCUCCGGCACAAGAAGACGGGAUAAGAAGCGCACAUAUCCUGGCCGGGCUCUGUAGAAGCCUGCACAGAUCCCUGGUGCUCUUUGACUAUGGAAGGUACCAGAACACCGUGCAUUUUUGCAGCCGAAGUGCGCAACGCAUUGUUGUGUGUGUGAUGUUAAGCCAUGUCAAGUGCCAAAGCUGUGUGAGUGAUUUUCCUUUUUUUUUUUUUUCGCACAGCUUUCUUGUUGCGAAAACACCCGUGUGUACCUGUAUGAUAUGUUUUCAGUGGAAGUGGUGUUUGUGGACUGUGAAUGAGUCUCUGUAGCAGUUUCACUGUUCGCUGAUGCUCCUCCACUUCUGAACACUUCUUUCUUAAAUGUUGACUUGUUGCCUAAGUGUGAGCGUGAACAGCAAAGGACGUGCAGCCAAACUUGCAGAUAACCGGCUUUGCUUCCUGGACAGUGAGUGCAAGCAACCUGUGGCAUUUUUGUCAAAACGUACGCAUACGUGCUGGUUCAGUGGCAGCUGUCUUGGAAGUGCCAAGCAGAAGGGAUUUAAAACAGAGUGGAGGUUUCUGGGCAAAGAUAUAUGGCAAUGGCCGGCGUCAAAGCUGGCAUGCGAACUGGCUGUAAAGUAGUUAUUUAACUAAAUUAAUUGAUAAUUAUUUUCAUGCACAUAUCGGAGUUGCAAAAUUGAAACCUGUCGGAGCUCGAAGCAGGAAUCCUGAGGACAGUGCUGUUUUGACUCUUGUGACGACAGUGCACCCACUUCUGCUCCAAGUGCGCCAAAUUGCACCAAGUGAGAUUUCCUGUGCCAUCCUGAUAAAGAAACACAUUUUUGCACCGAAGUGCACUAGAAUUAUAGAAUCUGGCGGAACGCACCGCUACAAAAUUGUGGUACAGAAUUUGACUGUGCUGUCAUAGCUGAAUGGCAAUGGGUUUCUUUAGCAACAGUCAUUGUCCAUGUCGGCGCAGGCAUCAAGAGUGGAGUCGGUACCGCCUAAACAACUUGAAAUCACUGGAACCGUGUCGCUAUUCAACAUGCAAAUGAACAACGCUGGAUGUGCGAAUGGCUCGCUGUAGUUUGCUACGGUUUUGGUGCAAUAGGUGCCGGUAGUUUUGGUUUCAAGGUGAUGUCAGCAAGAUGGCCAACAACCAUGCAGCAGCGAUUGCAGUGAUAUAUCAAAGCCAAAAUAUUGCUGUUACCGGUCAACUUGGCUGUCAUAGUAGCACGCAGUUGUGCAGGCGAAGUCCCAAUUACUGAAUGGCGUGCCUUAAGGUAUCCUGAAUUUCUGUCAUACGUGUACAUUUCAUUUACAGGCAGGUGAUGGUGCCUCGGAGUAGUGCGAAUAAUCAAGCUUGUCUGAAUAGCUGGUGUCAAAACAAUUGGUCGGUGCCAGUUGUAAAUCAGCCAGUUGCUGAGCAGAGGCUUCAGUUUUAUGACUAAAAGCAGACCAUUAAAAAGUGCCUGGCGUCGUCUAAAGCAAUGCAUGAGCAUCACGAGCGGCUUAUCAAGGCUGGCUUGGCUCAGACAAAAUUGAUGAUGUUGAGUCUGGCCAGGUGUUUUUCACUGAUUCUAGCUCUAGCCUUGCUGAAAACAUGGCUUAGCUGGCAGCUGUCCAAAAUUUCAGAAGACGUAAAAGGCAACGUCUCAGCAGCUUCACUCAAUUUUUAUUAAACUAAUUGCAGUACGCUGUGUGAACAGGCUUGCUGUCUUCAUUCUAAUUAAACAUAUUCAAGUUGAAGAUUCUUUUUUCUUUUUUUAUUUAGAGGCAGGGCAGUGUUGUUUUACAGCAAGCAAAUACUUUCUGGAAUAACGCUUGUCAACUUUAAGUGCUUUAAAUUGCCUAGAAUGUGUCCAGAAUUUGCCAAUUAUUUCCUCCAAAGCACUCUAAAAAUCUGUAUUUGGGUACUCCAAACUGCCCCAAUAUUAACAUUUUGCUGCUCCAAAAAUUGCUCCAAAUCUCAGUUCAUCGGUGAUGGCGCCGCUGUGAUGACCAUGCUCAGGCUUGCGGCUAUGUGGAUUUGUGUUUUAAUUAUGAUUUUAUGACAAAACUUUCCUUGGGCACAGUUUCGCAGAGCUGCCUUGAAUGCCAGUGUAUUUUGUCACUGAUUAUAGAGACAGAUACAAUUAGUGUUGUAUGCCUCGAGCACCGGCUGCCUUCAGUUCUACCAUUACGUUAUGUUGCGCUUAACCGUGUAUUGCCCAAUGGGGUAUCGUAUAUGCUAUGCUGAGUUUGAAGCCUGAAAAUGCUGAUUGUAGUGUGGGAAACCUAAUCCAAGGCUCAUAGUUGCCUUUUUAAUGUGCUGGAGUGAAGUUUCAGCUGAGAAUAGUGCAACAAACCAUUUGCUAAUUAAUUAGUACAGUAAUUAAAUUGUAACUGAAAGAACAUUUCUUGAUUGUUUUUCUACAAAUGGUCUACUCUCGAUGGCCAGAAAUAAAUGCAAACGAUUCCAGUUUUUCUUCGUGUGGAACUGUGGGGGCAUUACAGGGUUAAUUGUUAAUGAAAAGUUACUUGCAUACUUCCAUUAUUUUUAAGGUGUAUUGACAGUUGUCACACAAUUUCUGGCAUCUUCCAAUGCAAUGCAUUAAGGCCAGCAAAAAUAAUUGUCGUUUCACUGCAAUCUCCUCCUUUUAGUAACUCGAAAACAGUCAUACAGUUGUCACUGAAACACAUUGCAUAUAUUAUUGUGCAUACUGUCACAGGCUGCUCCUGCCUGGGUCAUGUGACAUCACAUGGUGGUUGUGCUGUGCUAAGCCAUACAGUAUGCAUACAGCCAUACACUUUGCUUGUGUGGCUGUAGUUGCUAGAUGAUGCUAGGCCACAUACUAAUUUGUCAAAGCAUGAAGCACUGCAGGUUAGCGGAGGCAAACUCACUCAUUUGUUCUCGCAUGGUAUUUUUUUAUCUCUGUGCUGCGCAGUAUUUAAAAACAUUUAAUUUCAUUUCCUAUAUCUUGUACGGAAGUACAGGACACUGUCAACGUAACUUGUGUAGUAACUCUUUAGAACUAAAGACCACAACAUUGUGAUAAUGAGCAUCCUUGGUCACACGAGAUUUGAGCAGGCCAAGGGUGUUCUGUACAGAAUUCCACUGUCUCUAAACAUUUUACGAUUGCUGGAAUAUCUAAUAGCUUCGAUGGUUCCAAGUACGACCAUCUUCGAAGAUGUAGAUGAAGCAAGCUCCAGUGAAGAUGGGAGCAACUUUGGUAGCAGAAGCAAAAAAAAAAGCUAAAUCUUCUAUGAAUAUGUGUCUGUGUGUGUGUAGUGGGCAGCAAGCGUUUUCAUUCUGAUUCUGUACAUCAUUUGUGAUAUUGUCCACAGAUUUAGUGGGUAGUCAUCUUUCUUCUGUGGGGGCUGUCAUGCCAAAGAAAAACUUCGGGCCUUAGUAAAUACGCUAUGCCCGCAUUAAAGGGACCCUUGAACGAUUUUGACGAUUGUGUACAAACUUUCUGAGCUGGUAGGGCAGGUCUUUCUGAUCACUAAGAGACAUAUUUAAGCACUUUGCGUAAACCAUGUCAUUUAUUACAAAGUUUUAAAAAUGUGCAUCACUGCCCGUUGCAGCGGUGCUGCUCCUCUGCGUUUUCAUCCGCCCAUUCCUAGGUUACGUGGCGUGAAUGAUGUCACUCAGGCAAGCGAUCUGGUUGGCUUCCAACAUUAGGUCAUCUGGAGUGGUUGAUAGAAGCAUAUUUUUAAUAGCAUAUAUAUGCAUUGUAAUUUCCGUGCCUUUAAAUCUUAGUGCACAAAUGCAAUAAAUCAACGUUUCUUGAAA